CAGGGUGGCACAGCGGCGGGGCCAGCAGGCCUCUGAGCGCUCCAGGGAACCCUGGGGUCGGGGCGGGGACAGGCAGCAGCGACAGCGCCCCAGAGCCGAGCCUGCAGGCGCUCGCGCCGCGCCUGCAGCCGCGUCCCCCGGGCCAGGCGGGACGAGCACAGGGGGACGGCCCGGGGGGCCGGCCGGGCCCGCCUCCUCUCCGCCCCUCGCUCUCCUGCCCCUGCCCGCGCUCGGUCCGGCUGCCCCGCCCGGUUUCCUGGUUAAGAUGGCGUCCCCCGUGGCUGCGCAGGCCGGCAAACUUCUGCGACACCUGGCUCUCCGGCCCCGGCUGCUGGCGGCCAGGUCCCAGGCAGUUCAAUUAACCCCCAGAAGAUGGCUGAAUCUGCAGGAAUACCAGAGCAAGAAACUGAUGUCUGACAACGGAGUGAAAGUUCAAAGAUUCUUUGUAGCAGACACUGCGAAUGAAGCUUUGGAGGCCGCCAAGAAACUAAAUGCAAAAGAAAUUGUUUUAAAAGCACAGAUCUUAGCUGGAGGAAGAGGAAAAGGUGUCUUCAGUAGUGGUUUGAAAGGAGGCGUUCAUCUAACAAAAGAUCCUAAAGUUGUGGGACAGCUGGCUAAACAGAUGAUUGGGUAUAAUCUAGCAACAAAACAAACUCCAAAAGAAGGUGUGAAAGUUAACAAGGUGAUGGUUGCUGAAGCUUUGGACAUUUCCAGAGAAACCUACUUGGCAAUUCUGAUGGACCGGGCCUCCAAUGGCCCCGUACUGGUGGGCAGCCCCCAAGGGGGCGUUGACAUUGAAGAGGUAGCAGCUACAAAUCCAGAACUUAUUUUUAAGGAGCAAAUUGACAUUAUUGAAGGAAUAAAGGACAGCCAAGCUCAGCGGAUGGCAGAAAAUCUAGGCUUCCUUGGGCCUUUGAAAAACCAGGCUGCAGAUCAAAUUAAGAAGCUGUAUAAUCUCUUCCUGAAAAUUGAUGCUACUCAGGUGGAAGUGAAUCCCUUUGGUGAAACUCCAGAAGGACAAGUUGUCUGUUUUGAUGCCAAGAUAAACUUUGAUGACAACGCAGAAUUCCGACAAAAGGACAUAUUUGCUAUGGACGACAAAUCAGAGAAUGAGCCCAUUGAAAAUGAAGCUGCCAGAUAUGAUCUAAAAUACAUAGGACUGGAUGGGAACAUUGCCUGCUUUGUGAAUGGUGCUGGACUCGCCAUGGCUACUUGUGAUAUCAUUUUCCUGAAUGGUGGGAAGCCAGCCAACUUCUUGGAUCUUGGUGGCGGUGUAAAGGAAUCUCAAGUGUAUCAGGCAUUCAAAUUGCUGACUGCUGAUCCUAAGGUUGAAGCCAUCCUCGUCAAUAUUUUUGGUGGAAUCGUCAAUUGUGCCAUCAUUGCCAAUGGGAUUACCAAAGCCUGCCGGGAGCUGGAGCUCAAGGUGCCCCUGGUGGUCCGGCUUGAAGGAACCAAUGUUCAUGAGGCCCAGAACAUACUCAAUAACAGCGGGCUCCCCAUUACUUCGGCCGUCGACCUGGAGGAUGCAGCCAAGAAAGCUGUGGCCAGUGUGACUAAGAAGUGAUGCCUUCGUCCUGAUCCCUUGGAGGAAGAAGUCCACUUUCCCAUAAAAAGGGAUGUUUUUCUCAUCACUGUGAAGAAAAUGGUUAUCCCAUUGGGAAAAAACAGGGGGAGGGGAUAAGUGAGAAUCACUGUAUGAAAAAUUUUAAAUCUCUAUUUUCUUGAAUAAGAUUUCUAGACAGCCUAAAUAAUCUGAUUUCACUUAUAGUCUUUAUUAAAUUAAUGUCCUGUGUCCUCAUAGUCUUCUGUCAUGGUAAGCCUGCUCAGUAAGCAUUGUUUUGCUGACUUUAGGGAGCCUCUGUGGCCAAACAGAGUAUGUAUCUAGAGAGAGAGAAUUUGAAAUCAGGCCCUAGUUCAUUUACAAUUUUGGUGGACAUUUAGUCCUAUAUAAUAAAAAAAUCGCAAGCCUUAAAAAACUCAGAAAAGAUUACAUUUAACAUAUUCACUAUCAGAAGGGCAGAGUGAAGAUAUUCAAACAAAGAGCUGUUACACACCGCAACAGUUUUUACAAUGUUCUAAUUCCAACACAUGUUUAGAAAAUUCAUGAAUAUUCCAAAAUAUAUAUCACAGUGGAAGGUCCACACGGAUGUCUUAGACAUGUAUUCUCCCAUUUGCCUUAAUGUUGAAUAUACUGUUUACCUCACACUAAAAAUCAAGCCAGAAGCCUUAUUUGUGAUUUUGGAGCAGAACGAUCUGUUUUAGUGUCAAAACUAAAGAAUGCUGAUUUUUAUGGAAAUCUCUGCAAUUAAGUCAUUUCAAGAUGAGACAUCACUGAAGAUCAAAUUAUGUUGUGAGUGUCAGGAUCUUCUCUCCCCUUCCCUUCCUGCCCAGAAUCUACCAGCUGGGAAAAUGUAAUUGAGAGAAUAUGACUUUUUUACAUAAUGUCCAUUUUUGUGAUGGGGAAGAAUUUGAAUUAGAUUUUUGUUGAAAUUUUGGUAAAUUUUUAUCUGUACACAAAUUUAAAUAAAAUCCUGUUUUAUAAGCUCUAA